UGCAAGCUCAAGUCCAGGCAGGCUUUUUAACUGAAGCUGCAUUCUCCAACCUCUCAACAACUGGUUUUACACGAAAAGAUAAUGGCAUCAAAACUGGUGGCAACCUUAGCUUCAUUUCUUCUCCUGUCAAGUGUAGGAGUAAUCAUUGCCAUUGCUAUAAUCCAGACAUACAAGAUAACUUAUUUGUCUCCAGGAUCAAAGCAUGGGAUUGUCUUAGACUGUGGCUCCUCCCGCACUACUGUGUAUGUAUACGAAUGGCCGGCAGAGAAGGAGAAUAAUACUGGGAUCAUUAAAGAAACUCUCAAAUGCAAUGUUAAAGGUCCAGGCAUCUCUGAUCUGGGUCGUAAUUCAAAUCAGGAUGAAGAAACAUGGAAACAUUUCAAGAGCUGCAUGGUAGAAGUUGAAAAACACAUCCCAGCUUCCGAGCACAACUCCACUUCCAUGUUCCUUGGAGCCACAGCUGGAAUGAGACUGUUACAGUUACAGAAUGAAACCGCUUCAAAUACAAUAUUGCAGGAUAUGAGGAAUUACCUGCAAUCACUGCCAUUUCAAUUCCAAAAUGCUUCUAUUAUUUCUGGAGAAGAAGAAGGAUUGUAUGGCUGGAUAACGGUGAACUAUUUAAUGAAUAACUUUCUGGAGAAGGACCUGUGGAACACCUGGGUGCGCCCCCGUGGAGCUAAAACAGUUGGCUCCCUCGACUUAGGAGGAGCAUCCACCCAAAUAGCAUUUGCAACAACUGAUGACGCCAGAGGGGAGGGCCUGACAAAGGUCACUCUUUACGGUUAUGACUACACCGUGUAUACUCACAGUUUCUUGUGCUUUGGGAAAAAUGAAGCGGAAAAAACUGUGCUUGCAAAACUCGUCCAGGGUUCUACUGACCUCAACAAUGUCCAGAAUCCCUGCUAUCCUGUUGGAUUCAAUAUAACAAUGACAGAAGAGUUCAUUUUUGGCAGUGAGUGCACUAAGGACUUGCGAAUAGCCAACUACUCCCCAGAGCGGAACAUCACCAUGUUCGGAGGAGGAGAUGCAGCUGAGUGUAGAAAAACUGUGAGACAGAUAUUUGACCUCAGUUCCUGUGAUGGUUCCCAGAAUUGCUCAUUCAAUGGAGUCUUUCAGCCACCAGUGUCAGGACAGUUCAUGGCCUAUGCAGGAUUCUACUACACUGCCUGGGCCCUGAGGCUGGUUGGAGCACCUACCCUUGAGACGUUCAACUCCACACUGUGGUCAUUCUGCUCCAUGGACUGGGCCAAACUCAAGGAGAACUACACCAUCACUGAAAAGCAUCUUAAGUCUUAUUGUUAUUCAGCGAACUAUGUCUACACAAUCCUUGUGGAUGGCUACAAAUUUAAUACUGAGUCCUGGAAUGGUAUCAGCUUUGAAAGACAGGUGAAGAACACAAGUAUUGCCUGGACACUAGGCUACAUGCUAACCCUUUCCAACAUGAUCCCAGCAGAGGCUAAACUUGUGCAUUUACCAAUGGAAAACACCGUCUUUGCUGGCAUCCUCUUCCUUUUCUCAGCUCUGACCAUUAUAGCUCUUGUGUGUCUCAUCAUCCUUCUCAUUAGAACCUGUUACUAAUGUUUUCUCUAUACUGGGUUCCCACCCAUUUUCACUGACAAAAGUUCAAAACCUUUCUAUGACUUUUCACAAGCUUAUGUGACUUAAACAACGGCAUUGGGGAAAACAUUAUUUUCUCUGUUUUCUCCUCCACUUUUCUAUUUCAAUGAAGCGCUUGAAGUGAUGCACUUCUUCGCUGUCGUGUCGGGGCCGUUUCACCACCUCAAACGUGCAUUUAUUUCUGUGAACCGAACGCCGUGUCGUCCAUUAUCCCUUACGAAACUUUCUCUUAAGCUUAUUAAGAGUCAUAUGAUAAGCCAGUUUGAAAUUCCUUCCUACAAAUAUUAGUCUAAGCAUGAAAUCUUUCCAUAUAAGCCUACUAUACUAUAAAAACACAUAUACAAGCUAUUGCCAGAUCCUCCCAGAUUUGAACAUGAAGUGUUGCUUAGGGGUGGGACUGAGUACAGUUGAGACACUUUCACACUAAAAAAGGUACUGAAAAGAAGGGAUUUUCCUCAUGAAAUCCCAAAUGUAAUUUCCUUAGCUUAUAGACUAUGAUAUUAUCAAUCAAUAAUACUCAUAAGUAGUUUGUUCUUACACAAUUAGCUCAUAAACAUCAGGUGCAUUUUUUUGUCUCGACUGUCUCAACUGUACCCUGUAAGGAGUGCAGUUGAGACAUCAAUUUUUAAUGAUGUAUAACUUACUGUUCUUUGCGAAAUGUGAAUAACAUAUAUUGAUUAGGUUAAGAUAAAAUCAAUAGCACAGGAACAAAUUAUUUGACACAGGAACAGAUAUGGCAAACAGUAGAAAUGUUCAAGUAAUAACUCUACAUUGUGUGUCUCAACCGUAACCUGCUGACCACCUCGCACAUUUCUCUAGAUUUUGCAGUGGCCUUACAUGACACAAUGUCAUGAAAAUAUGCCAGUUUAUAGGGCACAAAAUAAUGUUUGUAAUGAUCCCAGUUACCUUUAACACAUAAGGGUAAUACAUUGUCACAUGAGGGUAAUUAGUUCAUCAUCACUGUGGAAGGUACAUUGUGAAGUGAACAUUUUACUUUGAAAAAGGUACCUUUGUCUUUCAAAUUAUCCAUGAUGGAAUAGGACACUAAUACACAUGACAUGUGCAUUGCAAAAAUCACAAUUUGGACUUGCUACACAGGCAAGACAGUAUUUAAGGUGUAUCGAUUGUACAAAUGACCCAACUGUACUCAGUCUACCCUGCAAUUCCUUCAAUUUCCACCCAAAAUGUUUGCCGUCAUUCAGGUACAUAAAGAUCGGUAACACUUUAUAUUAAGACACACAUAUUCACCAUUAGUUAGCUGCUUACUAACA